GAAGAAGAAGAACUGGCGACAGACGUGUAGUUAUUACGGUCAGCACAAAUUAUGACAAUAACGCUGUAGAGAAACACGGUAUGGAUAACCGCAGAGACCUCUGGGUACGCUAUUCUUUGACUUCUGCACUAUUGAGAUUAAUAAUGCUCUAGAUUAACGAUGUGACAUGUUUUUACCAACGUGAAGACAGCCAACGCUCGUUCAUCGAUCGUCCAUAGGGGCAACGUCACAUUAACUAGAAACGAGAUUUGUCUGCACUGUCAGGAACCUCUCCACCAAAAUGCAUGAAAACAUGUCACCUGUACCCGUCCUGCCGCUGGUGAUCAACUGCUUCAUGUCUGCACUAGGAUGUCUGGCCACAUUAAAACUCAUUCCUGCUUUCAAAGAUCACUUCAUCUCAGCCAGACUGUACGGAAUGGACCUAAACAAAACAGUCAAAAAGGAAGUUCCAGAGUCCCAGGGUGUCAUCAGCGGGACGGUCUUCCUCAUUAUCCUCUUCUGUUUCAUCCCAGUGCCUUUCCUCAGCUGCUUCAUGGGAGAUCAGUGCACAGGAUUCCCUCACAAUGAAUUUGUGCAGCUGAUCGGAGCACUUCUGGCCAUCUGUUGCAUGAUCUUCCUGGGCUUUGCUGAUGAUGUCCUGAACCUGCAGUGGCGACACAAGCUCCUGCUUCCCACUAUGGCUUCCUUGCCACUGCUUAUGGUCUAUUUUACUAACUUUGGCAACACGGUCAUUGUGGUUCCCAAGCCCUUUAGAGCCCUGCUUGGGCUACACUUGGAUCUGGGCAUCCUUUAUUAUGUUUACAUGGGAAUGCUUGCUGUUUUCUGCACAAAUGCCAUCAACAUCCUUGCAGGCAUCAAUGGCAUUGAAUCAGGUCAAGCUCUGUUCAUCUCCGGGUCCAUCAUCAUCUUCAACCUGCUGGAGCUCAGUGGGGAUUACCGUGAUGACCAUGUUUUCUCCCUUUAUUUCAUGAUACCAUUUUUCUUCACAACAUUAGCACUUUUUUACCACAACUGGUAUCCUUCAUCUGCUUUUGUGGGAGACACUUUCUGCUACUUUGCCGGGAUGACAUUCGCUGUAGUCGGCAUCCUAGGGCACUUCAGCAAAACGAUGCUCCUGUUCUUCAUCCCCCAAGUGAUAAAUUUCAUCUACUCGUUGCCUCAGCUAUUUCACAUCGUCCCCUGUCCCAGGCACCGGCUCCCCAGGCUGAAUCCAGAGACAGGAAAACUGUGGAUGAGCUACUCUAAAUUCAAAAGAAAGGACCUUUCUAAAUUAGGACAGCUCAUUCUGAAGGUGGCCAGCUUAUUGAAGCUGCUUGAGUUGCGAAGCGCCCAGGAGGGAGAUGAUGAGUUUAUUGAGUGCAACAACAUGACUUUAAUAAAUCUGGUUCUGAAAUUACUCGGUCCCACACAUGAGAGAAACCUCACAGUCAUCAUGCUCAUCAUCCAGGUGAUGGGCAGCGCAGUGGCUUUUGGGAUCCGUUAUCAUUUGGUGCGUCUCUUCUACGACGUCUAGACAUCUCUCCAGGAGAGAGGACAGAAUCCUGACUGAAAAAAUAAGAUUUUUGUUAUGAAACUACUUUAUAGGCUCAUGUCUCACCUGCCUUUUAAUAGAUUUCAUUACCUCACUGUUACUUUCUGCCUCAGACUCAACCUGCAGUAAAGACCCAGAGCGAGGUUCAAGGCUAUAUUUCACUUUGUACAAUCUUUUCAUUGAUAUGCAUGAACAACCGAGGAUCAUAAUUCAACAGAAGAAAUGUUUGCUAGUCUUCUGGUUUUAGUGACUACAAAUGAAACAUGAAACUGUGGCCAAGCCUUUUUAUAUUCCCCUCUGAAAGUAUAUUUUCAUACUUUUUUUUGAAAGGAAAGUGAGCAAGUUGGGAUGAGUUUAGGUUCUCUGAGAUGCCAGAAUCAGUGGCUAACUUAAUCAUGGCUUACUGCUAUUUAAUUCUUAAUAUUUGAUAACUGGAUGUGGAAGUACUCCUGCUUGGAUGUGAUGUUUUAACUAAAAUGGCUUCCAGAAAAUGUUCCCACUUGCACUUCACUCUGCAUAGCUUUCAAUACAUACAGCAUGUUUGGGGAGGUUUCAGUUUUUCUUUUCUUUGGAUAUAAACUUUCCCUUUUUUUUUUUUUUUUUUUUUUUUUUUAAACCUCUGAACAAACG